CUUUAAAAGCCAGGGUAAAGUUUGUAGGACAUUAUCCAUUUGAUAACCGCUUUAUCUCAAGAAGAAGAAGAAGAAGAAGAAUCUGCAGCGAUGCGUCAGUAUUGUCUUUGUCUUUUUAUUGGUCUUCUGGCGGUUGCAUUCCUCCAGUCUGGUGCAAUGGGCAACAGUGCCAAUUUACCAUCCGAAUGCUGUUUUAAUAAUUAUGGGAGAAAAAUCCCCAUUGCUAAAAUUGAUUCCUACAUAGAGAUAAGAGUGGAUUGCCCCAAACCUGGAGUCAUUUUUGUCACAAAGAAGGGUUAUCGUAUGUGCACGGAUCCUCAGCUGGGCUGGGUGAAGAGUGCCAUGAAAGCAAUCGAUGAUCGUGAUCUUUAGUGAUGCUGCUGUGGCGAUGAUUAACAUGCUCAAAGGAACGCUUUUGUUUGUUUCUUAAGUAUUAGCUCAGUAAAGCUCUUUCUGUAAUGCUCUGAUAUUCUUUUCAUUAUUAUCAUGUGAAGCAUCAUCUCAAGUAACUGCAUGUUUUGAUGCAUUAAGUGCUGAAAUAAUUUUUACCUUUAACUAGUGUUAAUUUUACUGCAAAAUAACAUAUAAACAGACAACAAUAACCAUGUUUUUACCAGGAUUAGAGGGACGAUUUAGGAUAGUAUUUUUAUUUAUUUUUUUUUGAUGUAGGCUGAAGAAAGAAAUUUGCUUUUGUUUUAUUCUGUAUAACAGCAGUUUUAUAUGAUGUUCUAAACUCUAAUAAAACAGAACACAAAACAA